AUGGACAAAGUUGCAAAUCAACCUGAUUCAAAUGUCAAAGAUUUGACAUUUCCUCGAGGUGUACCUUGGGGAAAUGGCGUGGAUCGCGCCUCAAUGUUGGCUCAAUUAAGCCAUUUUGAUAGUGGAGGAAUAGCACUUAGUGACUCCAUUUUUCCAUCGCCAAUUGGUGAUGGUCCAUGGGUUUCCCCUGUUAUUGGGUCAGACGUGGACAAAUGUGUCCAGAAAAGGUUUAUUUUCUCUAGCACAAAGCUAAGGACACUAAAAUCCUCAAUUCCCGUGCAAAAUGUAACGAGCAAUGAGGCAGUGAGUGCACUCCUCUUCAAAUGUGCCACAUUUUCUGCCACUAUGGUCAAUUCGGGAAAAACUCAAGUUACCAAAAUUAGUAACCGAUAUAAAGAAGUCAAAAAACAACUCUCCACAAGAAACAAUGUUGAAGAAAAUGAGCUGGCUAUAGAAAUGCUAGAUGCAUAUAGAACAGGGAAGGAGGCUUUCCAUAAAAGGAAAUGUGAUGUGUACCUUUCGAGUAGCUUAUGUAAGUUUCCAUUAUUACAAGAUUUAGAGUUUGGAUUUGGGAAGCCUAUUAGAGCAAGCAUUGCAAAAGGCCCAAUUAACAAGGCUAUGAUCUUGAUGAGGACUUAUGAUGGAGGAAUUGAAGCACUUGUUAACUUGAAUGAAGAAGAAAUGUGUGUGUUCGAGCAUGACAAGCAACUUCUUGAAUUUGCUACUCCUAUUGGUCACCAGGGCUUUUAA